AGCUCAUGAGUGAGGUUGCUAAGCAACAAAACUCAAACUAGUGUGCCGCUCAGCGUCCGAAUAUUUAGAAAAAUGCGUCGCUGCAAACUUGUUUAACACUAAAACUUUCCUCCGGUCGCAAACUGUUAAACAAGACGAACGUUAAAGAUACAAGUUGGUCUGUUUCUGCUACGUGUUAAUUAAAGAUGAAUGCGACUGGUGGAAAUACUUCUUCGGACCAAGUAAAACAUACAGAAAGAGGCCUAAACAUACCGAAGGCUGGGAAGCUAAUACCUGUCGGAGACAGGACUGAGACUUGUUUAACAGAAGUGGCAAAUCCUCCGACCCCACCGGUGGUAAGAAAAUUCCGCCAAAGCAGUCAACCAGCUCCAGGAGCCAUCAGGGUACAUCAUGGGAAGACGGAUGACCCAGAUGUUGCCAGCACUCUUAUUCAUGGUAUUAGUACCAAACCAUCCCUCAGUAGUGAAAACUUGCUAAAUCCUCCCAAAAAGACCGUGUUCCAACAGAAGUUGGAAGAACUUAGUGACUCUGUUUACUCUUCAAGGAAGAAAGCACCGAUAGGCAGGUCACAUGACCAACAUGCUAAUCUCCCCACCUGGUACAAUGACAAAACUACAUUUGGUGUGAAAACACUUAAAGGGUUGAAUGCAGGAGAGCUUAUUAACCCUUCAAAAACAGCAGAGGAGAUAGAGAAGGAUGCUGAGGAGAGCCAUGAAGCUUACAUUCGUAGCCAUAAUGCCUAUUUUGUUGGUGAACGAAUCAAUAGAAAGUAUGACUGGAGUCACAACAGUAAAGACAGCCGUUUUGGUAUUCCCACACCUCACUGCAAUGAUGGUCGUAAUAUUUGGAAAACUCUCCACUGGCUGGAGGAGCCACAGAAGUUUUACAAUCCUAAGCCUGUUUGGAAGAGAUCUGGGAACAGCGAAAACCUAGCAGCACAAAUUGGCAAAGUCGAUAACAAGAGAGGAUAUACCUUGCAUGUUCCACCUGAUCACACUUUUGGAAUUCUCUUGCCGCACGAUGAAUAUGGUGUUGGAGAUAUAAUCCACUCCACAGAGCCAGGGAAGUUCGUGAGAGGCCGAGACAGACAGCGCAGCCUGGUCAGUGCAGUAAUACACCACCUCAAGAAGGUCAACUUCCACAACUUCCCUUCCUUGCUGAAGGGAUUCAGAUAUUAUGACAAGAAAGGAAAUGGGAUGAUUGACAAAGAGGACCUGCUGGCAGUAUGCCAUCAGUUCCAGCUGGGUGUGAGUGGGCCUGUUCUGGAUGACCUGAUGGAUUACUGUGAUGCAGACAAGGACGGACUUAUCAACUUCCUGGAGUUUGCUAACUUUCUCAACUGGAAGGACAAGAUGCCUGUCAACAGCCAAGAGCAAAACAUUUUGACAAAACAGUAUUGGACCAGCACAGGUCCAGUUGGCACAGAAAUGAAAUCUUUGUCAGAAUCAGAACAGCCUUCUAUCUCUCAGGGCUUAAUUAAGCCUGAGGAUCUAGAGCCUGUUGAGCCAGGCAGCUCACUGAAGACCAUCAGGACCUUGAGGCGACCGAUUGCAGACCCAAACCACUUCAUGACCUCAUCCUCCCUUAUCGGAGCUGUCAGUGAUAGUCCAAGUGCAUUAAGUGGCCGCACCUACGGGAUCCCAUCUGUGCGCUCGGACCUUCCAGCUCCUCGUACCAAAAGAGUCAGUGACACUACUAACUAUGGUGAUGCAUCUACCGCUGCGAAUCUUCUAAAUCCAUCAGUUCAUGCUGGCCGUGGUGUUCACGAGGAACACUUCUUCUGUCCUCGCACCAAGCAGGAGAUUGCAGAGAUCUUCAAGAACGUUGGUGUGGAUAUUUCUGAGGAUACGUUUGAGGAGGCCUGGAAGCUGGCAUCCAUGAAGCAGCCGAAUGGGGAGGUUUGUGUGGAGGUUUUCCGUGAUAUGCUCCAGAAAAUAAAAGCAAUGUAAUGAU